AUGAAUGUGACACCAGGGGAGAGCAACGUGACAGGAGCGGCGAACUACAGGAGCACGUUCGUUAUGGCUGUCAGCAAGAAUGUGAUCGUUGUCGUCCUCGGCAUCACCAUCAACUACAUCAACGCCACUAUGAUCCACACAUUCAACAAGCAUCACAUCUUCAAGAUGAACCCUCGAUUUAUCCUUUUCAUCCACCUGGUGGUCAACGACAUGAUCCAGCUGACGACCAGCAUCUCCCUCUUCAUCUUCACCUAUACCUUCCACACCAUCUACGUCCACCUCUGCUGCCUCCUCAUCUUGCCAGCCAUCUUCACCACACAGAACACCCCCCUCAACUUAGCUUUUAUGGCAGCAGAGUGCUAUAUCGCAGUCUGCAUUCCUCUCCGCUACAACACCAUAUGUACACCGUUCCGGCUACAUACGGUCAAAAGAACAUAUAUUGUAAUUGGCGUAAUCUGGACGAUGAGUUCGCUGUCCGUGCUGCCGGAUGUCUUCAUCCUUUUGGCCACUGAACCUCUGGAGUUCUUGAAUAGCAGAGUGUUCUGCCACAGGGAAACUGUAUUUAGGACCACCUACAGUCAAAAGAAGAGGGGAGUAUCCAACAUAUUGUUUCUGGUCAUGGUUUGGCUCACUCUGUUCUACACGUACUUCAGGAUUAUGUUUGUGGCCAAAGCUGCUAAUGCAGAUGCUAAAAAGGCCAGAAACACUAUCCUCCUUCAUGGCUUCCAGGUGUUGUUGUGUAUGAUGGUUUAUGUGCAGCCACUGUUAAAUCAAGUGCUCACAUACCAUUUCCCAAGUUUUGUUGUCUUAAUUCGCUUCGUUUCCUUUAUCAUAUACCAAAUCCUCCCUCGCUUUAUUAGUCCUAUUGUGUACGGGUUACGAGACACAACGUUCAGGAAGUACAUCAGAAGGUAUCUGUGUGUAGUAAACUGCCAUCCAAAGAUGGCACAUCUUAGGAAAUAA